GGGCUUACCGGCUUUACCUGGCGCGCCUUGGCUGCUUGGCUUCGCUGGUUACUGGCUCAGACUUUGGAUACAGCGGAGUUUCCUGGUUGGAGGUGGUGGCUGACCGAAGUGGCUGGGUCUUAUUGGGCCCCUGAGACUGUGAUGGGUGGAAUGGUGCUGUGGUGUCUCUAAUAACCUCCGCCAUGAAAAGGAUCUCUGGCUCCCCGGAUCAGAAGGGCCAGGGGCCUGGUGGCUUCUUCACCCGCUGGUGGAGGAGCAGCAGGGGUGAUGUCGCCGAGCCCGAUGACAGCCCCUUCGCCCAGCGUGGGUACGACAUCCGAGGGAGACAUCUCGGCAAGCUCCACAGAGCGGUUAGCAGGGGUGACGUCUUCAGGGUGCAGCUCGUCCUUACGCCCGGGAACGUUGACUUGGAUGAGAGAGACAAGAUGAAGAGGACUGCUCUGCAUUUGGCCUGUGCCAAUGGUCAUCCAACAGUGGUAGCUCUUCUGGUGAACAGUGGAUGUCAACUUAAUGUCUUUGAUGACAAAAACAGGACACCUCUGGUAAAGGCGGUACAAUGCCAGAAAGAGGAAUGUGCGACUACUUUGCUAAAACUCGGCGCUGACCCAGAUCUUCCAGAUGUCUAUGGCAAUACUGCCCUACAUUAUGCUGUCUACAAUGAGGAUAUCCCAAUGACAAAAAAACUGCUUUUGCAUCAUGCCAAUAGUGGAUUAGCAAACAAGGAUGAACUCACACCAUUUUUACUAGCUGUACAUGAAGAAAAACAGGAAAUGGUAGAAUUUUUAAUAAAGCAAGAAGAAAAUUUAACUGCAGUUAAGUUUGAAAGCAUUUACCAAGUAAUGUCUGAAUACAAAGAAAAUAAGACAGCUGGAAAUCCUCAAAAUAGCAAUCCAGAAGGAACAUCAAACAAGAUGGCAUGCUUGGGAGAAGUAGCAGCAGGUGCAAAAGUGGAUGAGAUUCCUGAAAAUCCUGUAAAAAGGCUUUGCAACAAACCAUCUGUUGAUCACUCACAAUCUACGUCAGCUAAUGAAGACUCUGAUUUUGAUACUGAGGAGAAAGCAGCAGAGCAAGCAAAUGGAAAAAGACAAAAUGGUAUGGGUAUUAUUGAGGGUGCUCCACAAAAGCACACAAAUAAUGAUAAUUUAAUUUCUAUUAAAAAAAUUAGAGGUGGUAAGUUAGUGAAUGUCUCGGAAAAAAGUGUAUAUUAAGUACUUUGAAUAGAAAACCACCAAACUGUAGAUCCAAACAUAAUAUUCACUUCUUUUCAAUCAUUUUUUCUGUCUUUAUACUACCAACUUUUUCUUAAAACUACUCCAAUUCUUCAAUUCCCUGAAAUUCUUUUUUCUUUUUUUUUUUCCUGUUAUUUUUGUUUCACUGAAAUAUUUAUGGGUGAAGACAAACUUGUAUAUGUAUAUAAAAUUCAUGUACAAUUUAGUGAUAAAUUUUCUCAUGUAUGUAUCUAUGUAUAACAUUUUAUAGAUAUGCCAUCCAUAGUAAAAUCAGGACGAAAGGAAGAGAUAGAAUCACAUUUGAACACCAAGCAGAACAAGUCUUAGCAAUGAUAUCAGAGGAAGAGCAAGAAAGGCUUGAAGAAAGUGAAACCAACCAGCUACAAAUUUCUCAUUGGUGUAAGAAAGAAAAAGAUCUGUUGCAUGAAAAUUGCAUGUUGCAGGAAGAAAUUGCCAGACUAAGACGGGAAAUAAACACAAAGGAAAAUAGGAACCAGCAAAAGGAAAAUAAAUAUCCUGAGGACAUUGAAAUUAUGAAAGCAAAGAAUGAUUUCCUUCAAAAUGCUUUGACACUGAAAGAGGAAACAUUAACAACAACGAUAAGUCAGUAUAGUGUACAGCUUGAAGUUUUGACAGCUGAGAAUAAAAUGCUCAGUUCUAAAUUGGAGGAUAAAAAUCAAAACCAGGAGAGAUUGGAAACAGAAAUUGAAUCAUAUUGUUGUAGACUGGCCACUGCUAUACAAGACUGUGGUCAACAUCAGGCAUCAAAAAGAGAUGCAGAACUCGGUUUCGAGAGAGCCAGACAAGAGUGGUCUCAUUUGAAGGAAAAAAUGAAUUUUGAUAUGAGUAACCUAAUUGAUGAGAACAAGAUGCUUUCUGAAAAACUUUCUAAUGCCGAAAAUGAAAUCAGAAGCCUCAAAAUGAAGCACCGCCACGUAGAAGAUGCUCUAAGAGAAACAACAUUGCUUUUAGAAGGUAUCCAAA